UUAUGCAUCCUGCGUAUAGCAUUUUACUACUACGCACACUAUCUCCCCAUUAGAGGUACUUGAUCAGAGGGGGUCACAGAGAGGACCCUUCAGAUACAACUUAAUAACGCUUUACUCGAAAGCUCUUUUCUUGUCUUUGGGUGGUUCGCAAACGCAACUUUUCUACUGAAGGUAUCUUCUCUCUACGUAGCAUAGGUUCACUCACAUCCAGAUGGCGGGGUGAGUUGUAAAAGCGACUUAGAAAAGUGCUGUACUCACAUUUGAUUAGUGGGGCAGGUGAACCCCCAAGCUGCAUGGAUAACUUGAAAGAGUCAACUUUCCAGACUGAGCCUCACCUACUCAAUAUCUUCCAUACACGAGCAAUACAAGAUUUCCGAGUAUUAUGCGACGAUGGCAAACACGAUGCCUUCAAUAGCCUGUUUAGGCAUUAUAGGCCGCAAUAACAACCCCCUUCAUAUAACCAUCUUCCCUUCAUACGAUACCACAACUAAGACCUACUCUCCCGUUCGCACGCCACUACAAUUCUCCCUCCUUCUCUCCGGGACCCUCGAUGUCUUCGAAGCACGCUCGAGGCACCUGGCGAACCCCACUGCCGCUGGCGGAGCAAACAUGCUGCUAUCGGGGGACUUUGGCCUGCUGCAUGCCAUCGACGACCGCCUGGCCGCGUACGGCUUCGAGACGAACACAGGCGUGAAGUUCGUCGCCGUCGUGGACAUGCGAGGACGAUCUGCAAACAACGCCGCGGCGGCAGCGGGGGGUGGUCGCGGUUCUUCUGGUGGCGGGAUCGGAGGGGUAGGGCUCAGAGACAACGAGCUUAAGCCCGUCUUCCGCGCCGUGCAGACGGCUUACGUGCGCCUGCUUCAGAACCCGUUCUACGACCCCGAUGAGACCACGGCACUGGCCGGCGCCAAGAGGAUCACGAGCCGCAAGUUCGGCGAUGAGAUGAGACGCAUCGGGGAGGCAUGGGCGCCUGGAGUUGCGGCUUUAUAA